AUGCUAUGGCUGGAGUUUCGAGAAUCCAAUCCUGGCAUUUCGUAUUUGACGUUCUGGCGCCGGUACAAGAAUACUUGGAAGACAGUGUUAAAGUUCUUGGCACCUACAACGCACUCCACGUGCGACACGUGCCUGGAUUUCAAAACCCGGUUCAAGCGAGCAUUCGACAGCCAAAGCAAGUACAACGUUGCACGAGAGUACAAGCAGCACCUUGAUGAAAUCCGUGCCGACAGGCUGGACGGGCAUUUGCCAGUCACUUUCCGGGGCGGCCUCAAGGACGACGAAACAGGGCACCAUGCAUUUCUGUUUAUGCUCCGACGAGACGUGCCACGGAACCUGAUCAUCAAGGUGGACGACCAGACAGGCCUUGAUUUGGAGGCUCAUGAGUUGGAUGUGAUCAUCAUGGUGAAAAGAAGGGCCUCUGAUGAUUGUCUUGCCCAGGAGGCUUUACUGGCCAUGCCCUACCAAUUCAUGGUGCCAAUCUUGAACCAGGCCCCACUUGAGUCCAGGCCGCUCAGAAGAACUGAUGCGGCCAAAGCACAGAAGUACAUACAGUUGGCGAAGGUGCUCUUGAACCGAUUCCCCUCGGAUACAAGCGGGCGCGCGGUUGAGUUUUUGAUGGAUUUGGUUCAAAACCAGAAUCCGGGCUCACUGUGUCCAUUGCCAUUUUACACCACUGCAGGGUCCCCAGACACUGUUCGGAUUAGCAAUUCACCAGCCCUUUUCAGGGUUGCUCCAGCGAUGGUGUUCCAAGCAAGACUUGGGCGGUGA